CAUUUUGCCUCGCAUCAUGGGGAAGAAACUCAUCUUCAAUCUCCACUUCAUGAACUCCAAUUUGAAGCUGCAGUCACGUGAGCGGUUGCGCGUGGCCCUGGACACUCAGCCGGAGAUUUGCAUGGAGGUAGAGUGGCCACAAGUCAAGAAGAAACUCCAGGAACGACUAGAAAAGAAGGGCUUGUGCAAUUCGAAGGUCCAAUACUACCAUGGAACAGCGCUGAAGGAGUUGCGCGACUCGAGCAGUCUGAGUCAUUUGCUUGGUUUGCACAGAGAUGCCCUGCUGGGUGACACUUUGGAACUGCCGCUGUAUGUUGUUCCAGAUCCAACCGCUGGCAGUGCUUUGUUGGACAACAGAGCAAAGGAGAUAGUUCUGCAAGUGAACCAGCCAGGUGGCUUAGUGCAGUUGAAUUUGCAGUCCGCCAUUCUGCUGGGAGAGGGAGGUUUUGGCAAAGUGCGGCAAGCCGGGGACAAGGAACCCCAGAUUGACUCUGCAGCCCAGAGCUCAUUCCCGAGUCGGCCCCAGGGCAGCUACAUGCAAAAGGAACUCAUAGUCGAAGUCAUGCCAAAGAAACUCCUCUUCAAUCUCCACUUCAUGAACUCCAAUUUGAAGCUGCAGUCACGUGAGCGGUUGCGCGUGGCCCUGGACACUCAGCCGGAUAUUUGCAUGGAGGUAGAGUGGCCACAAGUCAAGAAGAAACUCCAGGAACGACUAGAAAAGAAGGGCUUGUGCAAUUCGAAGGUCCAAUACUACCAUGGAACAGCGCUGAAGGAGUUGCGCGACUCGAGCAGUCUGAGUCAUUUGCUUGGUUUGCACAGAGAUGCCCUGCUAGGUGACACUUUGGAACUGCCGCUGUAUGUUGUUCCAGAUCCAACCGCUGGCAGUGCUUUGUUGGACAACAGAGCAAAGGAGAUAGUUCUGCAAGUGAACCAGCCAGGUGGCUUAGUGCAGUUGAAUUUGCAGUCCGCCAUUCUGCUGGGAGAGGGAGGUUUUGGCAAAGUGCGGCAAGCCGGGAAUAGAGAAAGUCAAAUUUUCUAUGCAGUGAAGAUCUCCUUCCCAGAUGAGAGGUCGCAAGAAAAUACCAAGAGGGAAAUCGAGACCUUAAUUCAGAGGAGUCGGAACGAUCCCAACGUCCUCAAUUCCUUGCAGCAUGGAUAUGUCGUGGAUCCAGUCCACGGCCGUCUCCCAGCUUUCAUGAUGGACUUGGAAGGAUGGAACAGAGCUGAGGCUGCACAGUACCCUCUGGUAAACUAACAUAGCUAUGGAAAAUCAC